AUGUACACACUGGCGUGGGGGUCUGGGACGCCACCCAAUCUCGUAAACAGCACGCUAGUCUGUACUUGGCUUCCGCGUCGCCUCGAAGUUGUGACGUGUGGAGGGCCAGCUGUUGGUCAAGGUGGUGACGCUCGUGUUGGGACGUCACACGUGGAGCAAGGCGGGCGGGGGCAUGGGUCGUAUCGGAUGCAGAGUGGUGCGCGGUGUGUUGAUGCUGCAAUUGAUGAAGGGUCUGUAGGAGGUAUUGCCAUUCCGCUUCAAGGCGUCGGAACUGCUCUUUCUUUUGCGUGCGAUAUUUACGCAUACGCAGCGACGCCGUGUGACGACGGCUUCCACCACCACCGCCUUGAUUGUUGUCGCUGUCCUGGUGAUCUUCGUCGUCUGCCAUCAUGCGAGCGGUUGGCAGAGGUAUGA